UGCAAAUUACGUUCUUCUUCUACAAUAUAUUGUAGCUGUUCGAGGGGAUACGAAGGGCAGUAUUGUCACAGGAAAAUGCUGAAUCCGUGUUCAAAAAACUUAUGUGAAAAUGGAAACUGCAUAAAUAGUGGACUUUCGUAUAAAUGUGUGUGUCGAGAUGGAUAUACGGGACAAUAUUGCGACAAAGCAUUGCACCCAUGCAAGCAAAGUAAAUGCGCAAAAGGCGGAAUUUGUAAAACAACAGAAGAUGGUCAGUCGUAUACGUGUAAAUGCAAAAGAGGUUUCAGGGGGGAGUACUGCGACUACCCAGAAUCUAGUCCAUGCCCCUGCGAUAAUGGAAAAUGCGUAUGGACUGCAAAUUCAUAUCGAUGCGAGUGUUACCUUGGCUCAUAUGGCCCACGGUGCGAUAAAGAUCGUUGUCGACCGAAUCCUUGUGAAAACGGCGGUACUUGCAGACUUCCUUUACUCUGGGUAUUUAGCACCUCGGUUGAAUGCGACUGUUUGGAAGGAUUUGUGGGAGAUUUCUGCCAAAUAAAACUUGACCCGUGCCGGUCGAGUCGUUGCAUUCACGGAAACUGCAUACCAAGUGCGAACUCCUAUAGAUGCGAUUGCUGGUCUGGCUACUCCGGGAAAUAUUGUGAGAGAGAAUUUGAUCCCUGUCAAUUGCUACCUUGCAAACACGGACAAUGCAUUGAAACCGGAAAUUUUCAUCAAUGUGAUUGCUUGGCUGGCUACUCCGGACAACAUUGUGACAUAGAAAUCAAUCCAUGUGUACCGAACCCUUGCAAUAAAGGAUAUUGCUCAAGAGAUGUAAUUCCUUAUAGAUGUAACUGUUGGACAGGUUACACUGGCGAACAUUGUGACAGAGAAAUUGAUCCAUGCUUACCGAGUCCUUGCAAUAAAGGAGAAUGCGUUCGAUAUGGAAAUUCAUAUCGAUGCAACUGUUAUACUGGAUACACUGGCCAACAUUGUGACACAGCUGCAGAAGUCUAUGUUUGCUGGCCAAACCCUUGCAAGAAUGGUGGUACUUGUGCAAUGGUGGACGAUCGCAAUUUUAUAUGCAUUUGCCCAGAAGGUUAUGCCGGAACAUAUUGUGAACUUACUGUUUCACCAAGAACAAAUUUUUGUUCGGUAAUUCAAUGCCAAAACGGUGGAAUAUGUGACGGAAUUGCACAAAUAUGCACAUGCUUGCCAGGAUACAGCGGAAACCUAUGCCAAAUACAUACUAACAACUUGAAAAUGGAAACAAGUUCAAUUUGUUCGCCAAAUCCCUGUUUGCACGGGAAAUGCAAGGAGACGAAUAACAAUUAUAGAUGUUAUUGUUCAAUUGGAUAUUACGGAGAUACUUGUCAAUUGAGCUUAUACCCCUUACAAUGGACACCAUGUACGAGGACAUGCGGUGGUGGCACGAGAUAUAGGAGCGAAUUGUGUAAAUUUGGAAAUGUAGUGGAUUGUCCGCGAGUCUAUGAAGAUUGUAACACGCAUGAUUGUCCUAAAAUAACCUGUCCUUGGAACUCCAAACAUCGCUUCAAUUCCACAUCGGAAUGUUGUAGUAAAACAAAUGGUAAAAAUUGCAUAAAGACGACUGAUGAUAACAAUAUGUUUACUCAUCUUAUCAUUGGAGGAGUAACAUCAAAACCAAAGGAUUGGCCGUGGAUGGCAGCGUUGUAUCUCCAAAACAAGGGAAAAUUUGUAUGCGGUGGAUCAAUAGUGGGAAAGAGUUGGGUAUUGACGGCAGCUCAUUGUGUUGAUAAGCAGAAUCCAUCCAAUGUACUGGUUCUCGUCGGAUCCCGACAUCACACUCAGCUUGAUGCAGGGCAUAGAUGGAUUGGUGCAAGUAGAAUUUUUCUACAUCCUACUUAUGAUGGUACUAUUGGCGAUGUAGCUUUAAUAAAGCUUCACUUUCAACUUGAAUAUACUGACAAUAUCCGACCGAUAUGUCUACCAAAUGGAGAAAAAGUUGAGACUGAUACUAAAUGCUUUGCACCUGGAUGGGGAAUAGCUAACAGAGAAGAUAUCCCAAUAGAAAAGUCGUCCGCAAGUCUCCAACAUGCCGGUCUACGGAUUCUUCCUCGCGAUGUAUGUGCACAAGGAUAUAAGAACUCCCCAUACUACAGAGCAGUAACAGAUAAUGUCAUUUGUUCUGGAUUACUAAGUGGAAAUAAAGACACAUGCCUGGGUGACAGUGGUGGACCACUAGCUUGUCAAAGAAAGGCAUCAUGCGACUGGUAUAUUGCUGGAGUGACGUCAUUUGGUGCAGUAGAAUGCGGUUCGAAAAAUGUACCUACUGGAUUUAUGGACAUUGUGCACUAUGAGGCAUGGAUAAAGCAAACAAUAUAUAAAAAUUAAUAAACUUAUUGUUGAGGUUCAGUCAUCGUUGAAGAACAACUUUAAACGAAGUUAGACACCUUUAUCUUCGUGUUCAUAUGUUUGAGCAUUGCUCCCCUGUUUGUCUUCGAAACAAAACACAAGUUCCCACAAGUUCGUUACAAACAAUAAAACAUGGCACCAUUGUUACGCCCCACAUUUAACAUGUUCCUAAGAAUUAAAUCCACCAAAAUGAAGCACCUUAAGUGGCUAUGGAAGUUUUAGAAAUAUGAAUUCCAUUUAUCAGAUAUGAUACAUACAUGAUAAUAAUAUAUAAACAACAAAGCAAA